CAGGAAGUAGAUGUCUAACGUGCGAAAUUCAAAUCGGUUUGGCAAAAUACUCCGGAGCUGGCACGGUCACUUUUCUUUGCUUCAAUAUUUAGUUGACGAGUUUACUCAUCUUAUUUGACGAAUUUCCAUAAAUUGUGGUGACCUAGGGUAACGUCACCUCGGACGUGGUCUUUUCCCGAACCUGGUGUUCUCUGCGGCAGCUGGGUGGGGCAAAGUAGGCAGAAUGCCCGUAGAGAGGACGGAGCCCCGCCGGGCUGACGAGCUUCACAAAUACUACGAGGUUCAUGAGACUAUUGGCACAGGGGGCUUCGCUAAAGUGAAGCUAGGUCGGCACAUCCUGACGGGAGAGAAGGUGGCCAUUAAGAUCAUGCAGAAGAAGGACCUCGGGGAUGAUCUUCCUCGUGUGAAGGUGGAAAUUGAGGCGAUGAAGAACCUUAGUCAUCAACAUAUCUGCCGUCUUUACCAAGUCAUUGAGUCCUCAACACAAAUCUUCAUGAUACUUGAAUACUGUCCAGGGGGGGAAUUGUUUGACUACAUUAUAGCAAAGGACCGGCUGUCAGAAGAGGAGACCAGAGUGUUUUUCAGACAAAUUGUUUCAGCCAUGGCCUACGUCCACAGCCAGGGUUACGCACACAGGGACCUAAAACCGGAGAACUUGUUGAUCGAUGGAGACCACAACUUGAAGCUAAUAGAUUUCGGCUUAUGUGCCAAACCUAAGGGAGGUCUUGGUUAUGAGUUGAUGACGUGUUGUGGAAGUCCAGCAUAUGCUGCUCCUGAGCUCAUUCAAGGGAAAGCUUACAUUGGCUCAGAGGCCGACGUUUGGAGUAUGGGCGUCCUGCUGUUCGCUCUGCUAUGUGGCUAUCUACCUUUUGAUGAUGACAACUGUAUGGUUCUCUACAGGAAAAUUAGCAGAGGAACAUAUGACAACCCUCCUUGGCUAUCCCCAGGAAGUGUCCUCUUGCUCAACCAAAUGAUGCAAGUGGACCCCAAGUUGCGUCUGGCAGUACGACAGCUGCUUGAGCACCCUUGGGUUAUGAAAGACUACAACACUCCUGUGGAGUGGUACAGCAAGCAGCCGCUGGGUCACAUAGACGAGGACUGCAUUACUGAGCUGGCAGUCAACUUAAAGCGGUCCAGAGAGAGCACCACAGCACUUGUUAAAGAGUGGCGUUACGACCACAUCACAGCCACGUACUUGCUUCUGCUGUCGAUGAAGCAGAGAGGCAAGCCUGUGCGCCUCAACACGGAGCCCCGCGUCACUGAAGAUGACUUCUCUCCUCUACAUGGUCGUUUACAGAAUAAGGAAGCUCUUCACUAUGCUGAUGACGAUGAUGCUGUCAUCCUGGGUUCUUUAGACCUUUGCUCAGACUUCAUUGAUGAUUGUCCGUGGGUCUCACGGCAUACCACUCAAGGAGUUCGUGGGGAGACAGAACGAAUUAUAGAUGACAAGAAACUGGCAUCUCCAUUAGAGAAAAAAAGAUGCAAUCGGAGCACGCCCGAGAGAAGAAAAGUGACAGCCCAGCAUCACCAGGAUAGGAGGCACAAAGAGCGCCAACAAGCUAGUGAGAACAAAGAAAAUGUUGCCCAGCAAGAUAAAGAUGUGGAAAUAUUUGCACUGCCGCCGCCUCGCACGCCUGCCUCCAGCAAAAAAAGCACGCACCUUAAGAAUGUUUUGACCACGCCCAGUCAAAAUGUGUCCAUUGGCGGCAAAAGCACACCCAAAGCAGCCGGAGCAAGUGAUUCCAAAGAGCCUGUUAAGAGGAAAGCGGCAGAGAGCAAGGAGUCCACAAACAUCGACAUCCUCGCUUUUAGUCCUGAACGAAGGUCUCGCUCCUUGGACUUUCCUGGUAGUGGAGACAGUGGAAGGAAACGACGAGCAGGGCGAGUGUUUGGCUCCCUAGAGAGGGGCCUAGACAAGGUGAUCACCAUGCUCACCCCCAGCAAGAGACGUGCGCAGCGAGAUGGCCCACGCAAGAUUAAGGCCCAGUACAACGUGACCCUGACGGGGCAGACCAACCCGGAUCAGGUGUUAAACCAGAUCCUCUCGAUACUGCCUGAGAAAAAUGUUGAUUUCAGACAGAAAGGGUACACGGUGAAGUGCAAAACACUGGAUGACUUUGGUAAGGUGACCAUGGUCUUUGAGCUUGAAGUGUGUCAGCUACACCGGCCAGAAGUGGUCGGCGUACGUCGUCAGCGCCUGAAAGGAGACGCUUGGGUCUACAAACAUUUGGUGGAGGACAUCCUCUCUACAUCCUGCAUCUGAACUCUAAAUACUGCUUCUUAAUUCAAGCAAACCUCGAAACACAUUACAUUUAUGUGCAUCCUAAGUCGUUUUUCAUCUGUUCUUGUCAGUUCGCGAGAGUAUAAGGUUAAAACAUUAUUGACUACAGCUUUUUUUUUUUUUUUUUGGCAUGUAUGCAUGUUUUUAAACCUGAAAUAGCUAGAUUUAGGAGCAUAAAAAUCCUUACUAAUUUAAUAAUUGUUUUAGUGGCUUUACUUUUUGUUUUAAUAUAAAUGUGUCCACUUGUUGGUGCUUAUUUUUAUGUACUGUAUCAGUGUUUGUCUGACAUGUUUGUGACAAUGUAAAGGGAACAAAAUAAAUAUUUUUUUUUGCAUCUAU